UUGGAUUUUCCCUGUGUUAUCCUCAUGAGCAGAUAACUCCAAAUGAUAGGCUGAGAUGUGUUGUGACACUUCAGGAGAUAAAGGUAUAUAAGCAUAUUUCAGAGAUGAAACCUGAGGAGUGAGGAUCGUUCUACUGGGAUCGCCAAAUGGACCGUGUUCUUCUGAGCUCCCAGUUGUCAUCUCAGACUGUUAUUAACACGAGGUUUCAACAAGGAAGUGGUAGUAUCAGCAGUGUAGGGUUUGCUGUUAUCAGAAAGGAGUGCUUAAAAUUAAAAUGUUAUGCAAUUGGUGGAAUUGAGGGACCAGAGAAUUUAAAGGAUCCUUUGAAGGAAAACAAUAAUGGACCUAUUUUACAAGGACUCAAUGGAUCUGGUGCUUCCUUUCGGACUGUUGGUGCUAAAAUCACUCAGGAAACAGGUGAUUUCUUUGUUAGUGAUGCCGAGGGUGACCCAGACAAACCAACUGAUGGUUUUUCCUCUAUUGAUGAGGCUAUACGUGCAUUGCGUGAAGGAAAGUUUGUUAUUGCUGUAGAUGAUGAAAACGGUGAUAAUGAAGGGGAUCUUGUCAUGGCAGCUACGCUGGCAAACCCAGAAUCUAUUGCAUUCAUGAUCAGGAAUGGUUCUGGGAUCAUCUCAGUGGGCAUGAAGGAAGAGGACCUAGCAAGAUUGAUGAUUCCUAUGAUGUCUCCAAUUACAGAAAUUGAGAAUAUUUCAGCUGCUGCUUCUACAGUAACAGUGGAUGCCAGAGUGGGCAUAUCAACCGGUGUCUCAGCUGCAGAUAGGGCAAAAACGAUUCUUACUCUAGCCUCCCCUGAUUCUAAACCCACUGACCUCAGAAGACCAGGCCAUAUAUUCCCUUUAAAAUACCGAAACGGCGGUGUGCUAAAAAGAGUUGGACAUACUGAAGCAUCUGUUGAUCUUGUCACAUUAGCCGGUUUGCGUCCUGUGUCUGUCCUGUCGACAAUCAUCAACUCAGUGGAUGGUUCAAUGGCAGGGAUACCAGUGCUGAAGCAGAUGGCUUUGGAUCAUAAUAUCCCAAUUAUUUCGAUCGCUGAUCUCAUCCGGUAUAGAAGGAAGAGGGAGAAACUGGUUGAGCUGAUUGCCGUAUCUCGUUUACCGACGAAAUGGGGCCUCUUCCGAGCUUACUGCUACCAAUCCAAGCUUGAUGGAACCGAGCACAUUGCUGUUGCAAAGGGCGACUUCGGCGACGGCGAAGACGUCCUCGUGAGGGUCCAUUCCGAGUGCCUGACCGGCGACAUCCUCGGCUCCGCCCGCUGCGACUGCGGCAACCAGCUGGACCUCGCGAUGCAGCUCAUCGAGAAGGCCGGCCGCGGCGUCCUCGUCUACCUCCGCGGCCACGAGGGCCGCGGCAUCGGCCUCGGCCAGAAGCUCCGCGCCUACAACCUCCAGGACGACGGCCAUGACACCGUCGAGGCCAACGUCGAGCUCGGCCUUGCCGUCGACGCCCGCGAGUACGGCAUCGGCGCUCAGAUUCUUCGGGACAUGGGCGUGCGCACGAUGCGGCUGAUGACCAACAACCCGGCCAAGUUCAUCGGGCUCAAGGGUUACGGGCUCGCCGUCGUCGGCAGGGUUCCGGUGAUCUCCCCCAUCACCAAGGAGAACCAGAAGUACCUCGAGACGAAGCGGACCAAGAUGGGCCAUGUCUACGGCUCCGACCUCCCCGGCAACCUCCCGGAGGAAUUCUUCAAUGCAGAAGACAUCGCCGGCGACCAAGACGAAGACACCAAAAACUGAUAACCCCCA